AUGAUUUUCUCAAAUAGAAUGUAUGAUUCGACCCUCUUUCAUAAGAGAAUGAUGUGUGUUUCCCAAAAACGAACGAUGAUGUCAUUUGUGAAUCAAUGCAAAUAUAGUUUAUAUAAAAAUAUGUAUCAUAAGAUUAUCUAUUUUAGUUUUUUAAAAAAACCUCUCUCUGUAGAGAUUCAAUCUCCAGAUGUCUUAUUAGAGAAUCGCAUUUAUUCUCCUUAUUUUAUGAAAAUCAGUGAGAGAAUACAUAAUAAAUCAGUCUAUAUGAUCAAUCAAUAUUGGCGAAAUAGAUUGAAUUAUAUCACCUCUUUUUAUAAAUCAUAUAUUGAUGAACUAGUCAAAAGUACUUUUCAUAAGUAUAAUCAACCCUUAGAUUUGACAGGAUUACAUCCUGACGUUCAAAUCAUUCAAAGGUUGAGACAUGCUUAUCUCAUUCUGAGGUUUAAACAAAGCAUGAUGAAAUCUGGAUUUACAUAUAAGAAUAUGAAAGAAUUGUUGGAUUACCGCACAACUCUCUUUAGUAUACUCGUGACUAUAAUAACUUUAUUGAUGGAGAUCUCUCCUGAAGCUCUUUUGAUCAAACCGGAUGCUUUCUUUUGUGAGAAAUUACCAGAAGUUCUGAACUAUGUACGAGAGGGGUAUGUUCAUAAUGUUUGGACAACACCUAGUGAGCCUAUAAAUUGUGUUGGUAAAGACAUCUUACCUCAAACAACAUCCUUUGAUCCACUUCAUCUUUCUAAAAAAUUGAUUCAACCAAUUGAAGAAAAUGAAAUUGAAGAAAUUGAAAUUGAAGAAUCAAUUGAAGAACUACUGAUUCCACAAACACCCGGUAUGGUUAGGAGGAAAACCAUUGCCUACAUGUUUGCAACUAUGAUGAUUGUCAUCACUAUAUUGGAUCAGAGUGGAUAUUCCCAUAUCAUAGAAUUGGAGAAGGCAUUCUAUUCUAUAGGAUAG